AUGACGGGGAAGGCGAAGCCGAAGAAGCACACGGCGAAGGAGAUCGCCGCGAAGAUCGCCGCGGCGACGACGAACCGUGGCGGCGGCAAGGCUGGGCAGGCGGACCGGCUGGGGCAGGACAAGGGCGGGCACGCGAAGCUGGCGUGCCCACUCUGCCGCGUCCCGGCGCCCGACAUCAAGUCUAUGCAGAUCCACCAUGAGGCGCGCCACCCCAAGCUUCCAUUCGAGCCGGAGAAGCCUCAACCUGCACUCCUCCGCCCCGCCGCCGCCGCCGAGGCCACCACCUCAAGCCCAAGCCCGGCGUCCGCGGCAGCCUCAAGAAGUAGCUUGCUGGCUGGCUUGCCUGCCUACUUGGGGUAA